AUGGAAGAAAAUUUUUUAUUUCAACAUCAAAGUUCGGCUCCAACUCCUCCGCGUAGACAACGUAGUUUACCUCCAAGUCUUCCCUCGUAUGCAACUUCCUCAUUACUAUUUCAUCGUACACUACAUCCACGUAUUUCUCAUAAACAUAAUGAUGUAAAUAAAGGAAAAUUUAAAAUGGCUUUAGAUCUUGAGUUAAGAGAGGAAAAGUUAAGAGAAGCUGCUAGUCGUGGAGAUUGUGAUUCUGUCAUCAAAUUACUCUCAACACUUCCUCAACCUGACUUAAAUAAAUCAGACGACAAAGGUAGAACUCCCUUACAUUUUGCUUGUGCUGGUGGUUAUUAUAAUUGUGUUCAACUGUUGAUUGAACAUGGGGCAAAUGUUAAUGUUGAAGCUGAUGUUGCUGGAAAUAGACCAAUACAUUUAGCUGUUAUAUCAAAUAAAAUGGAAUGUGUCAUAGCAUUGCUGGAAGCAGGCGCAAAAAUCAAAAUAAAUGAUUCAUUUGAUAGAACACCAAUAUCUCUUGCACGAUCACGUCUUAGUGUUCUAAUGAAUGAUUUUUCUUCAAGGAAUUCUGGUAAUUCAUCUACACAGUCUAGUCAUAUGAAUGUUGAAGAAUUGGCAGAAAAUAAUCAACAAACUCCAGAAAAUCGUGAAUUGUUUUCUCAAGCUUUACAGAUAAUCAAAAUUUUAAAACAUCACUUGAUAAUUGAAAAUCAAACUAUGACUACUCCUGGAUCAUCAUCAUCUUUGAUUGAAAAAUUUUCAUCACCAGCAUUGUUAAAUAAAACUGACCAAAUUUUCACAUUUGAUGCUAUGGAUGCAUUAGAUAGUCUGACAGCCCAACUAUCAAAGUUAGACAUCUUGUCAGAUGAUAGUCCAACAAACAUUACAAAUAGUGGUGUUGUUGAGAAAUCUGAUCUACAAAAAACUUUGCCUGAAAAAGAAGUUUUAACAAGAAUUCAAGAUGUUAUAGAUGGUAUAAUAAAACAUAAAGGGUAA